UUCAAAAGCCGGCAAAAUGGCGAUGACCAGUCCGACCCAGCUUCUUCCACUUGAGUUGGUGGACAAAUGCAUCGGGUCCAGAAUACAUAUUAUCAUGAAGAAUGACAAAGAAGUGGUUGGCACUCUCUUAGGAUUUGAUGAUUUUGUUAAUAUGGUAUUGGAAGAUGUUAUUGAAUUUGAAAGCACUCCAGAGGGUAGAAGAGUUACUAAACUUGAUCAGAUCCUACUAAAUGGAAACAACAUCACAAUGCUUGUGCCUGGAGGAGAAGGUCCUGAAGUAUGAAAUCUGUUAUAAAAGCGGAAGAAAGGAUCAUAAUGUUAAAAACAAAUGAACAAACAUUGACAAAAGCAAGUUACCUGACCAUCUGAAAGAAGAACAGUUAUUGAUGGCAUAACAGAAAAUGUUCUGUUACAAUUUUUCUCAGAUGUUCAUAUUUGACAGAUGCUGAUAUGGUCACAUUUGUUGAAGAGAGUUUUUUCUUUGGUUUACAUACAUUUAGACUAAAAUCAUGUCAGUCUUAAAUAAGAUAAGAUUUUUUUUUUUUUUUUUUUGUAAAACAUUUUGCCGUCUCCUUCAUUUUUUGGUUGACAAUAUCAAAGUGUAUUAUGAGUGGAUUUGUAGUACAAUUUUAUAUCUUUUUAAUGAAAAAUAAAUACCAGUCUUCUUAGAAUCA